AUGGGAACACAGUCCCCGCUGACCGGGGGCAGUGCCGAGAUGCCUGCCCGACGCGUGAUUGUGGAUGCCGUCAGAACUCAGGAGAGUCCCGCUCACCAGAAUGGCCCCCAGCUAUUUGAGUUUUAUUCUGAUGGAAUCCAGGCAGUCUUCCCGGAGGAGGGGGCACUGGAGCAGCUUCUGAAGUGGUACAGGAUGUACUCACAGGAACCAGGGCAGGCACCCCAGCCCCUGGCGGCCACCAGCGACUCUGUCUAUGAAUUCGACUCCUCCAGGGGCCUCGUGUCCAAGCGACAGACCCACCAGGCCCCGCCCCUGGUGCUCAGGCCUUGGUGGGGACCCCACCGAGCCUGGCGACUCUGUUUUCCAGUCUUGUCCGCGCAUUUCCGGGUCUGUGAGCCGUACACGGACCACAAAGGCCACUACCACUUUGGCUUCCACUGCCCCCGGCUCUCGGACAACAAAACCUUCAUCCUCUGCUGUCACCACAACAACACGGUGUUUAAAUACUGCUGCAACGAGACGGAGUUCCAGGCGGUGAUGCAGGCGAACCUCACAGCCAGCUCCGAGGGCUACGCGCACAACAACUACACUGCCCUCCUGGGCGUGUGGAUCUACGGCUUCUUCGUGCUGAUGCUGCUGGUCCUGGAUCUCCUGUAUUACUCGGCGAUGAACUAUGACAUUUGCAAGGUUUACCUGACGCGGUGGGGCGUCCACGGACGGUGGAUGAAACAGGAGCAGCAGCGGUGG